AGCGCCUGCAUUGGACUACAACUCCCAGCAGCAUGUGCGGCUGUCUCGCGGCUCGGUGACCAUGGCGCUGUAUGAGUGAGGGAGAGCAGACCGGACACCGGGGACCGGAGACAAUGGGCUCCAGGGUGAAGCAAAAUCCAGAGACUACAUUUGAAGUUUAUGUAGAAGUGAGCCGUCCUGAAUCAAGUGCACCAAAUGAAGAUCCUGAGCUGCAGAGGAUCUUCCCAGAAGACUUCAGUGACCAGGAAGUCUUGCACACUGUCCCAAAAUUCUGCUUCCCAUUCUCCUUGGACAGCCUUUCGGCCAGUCAUGUUGGGCAGAACUUUACAUUUGUGCUGACUGACAUUGACAGCAAGCAGAGGUUCGGCUUCUGCCGAUUAUCUUCAGGCGCUAAAAGCUGCUUUUGUAUCUUAAGCUACCUCCCCUGGUUCGAAGUCUUCUACAAGUUACUCAACAUCUUGGCUGAUUACUCUCUGAAAAACCAGGAUAAUCAGCGAAAUGCACUGCUUGACACUCUUUAUAGACUGCCCAUCCCAGAACCAGGAACUGAAGUUCAUCUCAAUGUGCAUUCCUACUUCACAGUGCCUGAUCCUCGAGAACUGCCGAGUAUCCCAGAGAAUAGGAACCUGACAGAAUAUUUUGUGGCUGUAGAUGUGAAUAAUAUGCUGCACCUUUAUGCCAGUAUGCUGUAUGAACGCAGGAUCCUUAUUUGUUGCAGCAAGCUCAGCACGUUGACUGCCUGCAUCCAUGGAUCAUCUUCAAUGUUGUUCCCUAUGUACUGGCAACAUGUUUACAUCCCAGUUCUUCCUCCUCAUCUGCUGGACUAUUGCUGCGCGCCGAUGCCCUACCUCAUUGGUAUACACUCGAGCCUAAUGGAGAAAGUUAAAGGUAUGAACCUGGAAGAUGUAGUAAUUCUGAAUGUAGACACAAACACCUUGGAGACACCAUUUGAUGACCUUCAGAAUCUACCAAGUGAAGUGGUUUCUGCAUUGAAAAACAGGCUUAGAAAGGUCUCCACAACUACAGGGGAUGGGGUAGCACGAGCUUUCCUCAAAGCCCAGGCUUCUUUGUUUGGGAGCUAUAGAAGUGCAUUGAAAAUUGAGCCGGAGGAACCAAUCACAUUUUGCGAGGAGACCUUUGUGUCCCAUCGUUCCAGCGGAAUGAGACCAUUUCUUCAAAAUGCAAUUCAGCUGCAGCUUUUCAAACAGUUCAUAGAUGGACGCCUUGACCUGCUGAACACAGGAAAUGGAUUCAGUGAUGUAUUCGAGGAAGAGAUCAAUAUGGGAGAAUAUGCUGGCAGUGACAAGCUGUACCAUCAAUGGCUGUCAACAGUAAAGAAUGGUUCCGGGACCUUUCUAAACACAAUGAAGACCAGAGCCAAUCCAGCUAUGAAAACAGUCUACAAGUUUGCAAAAGACCAUGCCAGGAUGGGAAUUAAAGAAGUGAAAAACCGCCUAAAACAGAAGGAUUUGGCAGAAAAUGGAUGCAGUGUUGCCUCUGAAGAACCUCUUCCUAGGAUGUCACCUUCACCAUCAGCUGAGAAAAAGGAUCCUAAAAGCAGAGAAGACAGACGACCCAUCACAGUGCACUUCGGUCAGGUUUGA